AGCUGCUGGAGAAGCAGCGCGGCGUGGAGCGGAUGGUGGAGCUGCUGCAGCUGUAUGCAGAGCAGGACGAGGCGUAUGGAGAUCUGGUGGAGGCCACAACUGAGCUCUACCACUAUCUGCUGCAGCCCUUCAGAGACAUGCGCGAGUUAGCCAUGCUGCGCAGACAGCAGAUCAAGAUCUCUCUGGAGACGGAGCGUCUGGGGCCGCGGCGCGUCGAAUCUCUGCGCAGGGAGGAUGAGGACUGGCAGAGGAAGGCUCACACUGCUGUGCUCUCCAUACAGGACCUGACCGUCAAAUACUUCGAGAACACGGCCCGUGCUCAGAAAGGUGCGACCGCCGUGUGUCUGUCUGUCCGGUGUCCUUCAGGCCUGAUCACAAUCAACAUGAAGUCAAUGAGGUCACAUGAUCAGCAAGAUCUGACAGGAAUGACUGAUAGACAGAGUCUUUCUAAUUUAAAGUGCGCAGAUCUGCAUCUCACCUGAUGCAUGCGUUCUCUUCAGAUGCAGGGUCUGCAGGGGGGUGAGGAUGCCAUGGUGCGUCUGGACCAGCUGGAGGCCAUGUACUACGAGCUCCAGCUGCAGCUCUACGAGAUCCAGUUCGAGAUCCUGAAGUAUGAGGAGCUGUUGCUGACGGCGCAGCUGCAGAGUCUGCGCAGACAGAUGAGCGAGAGGCAGGAGGAGGUGGUUUACUACGACACCUACGAGAGUCCUGAUGCCAUGAAGUCCACCGAUGACCCCUCGACCCCUCUGACCCCUCCCAGAGACGACGUGGCCAAACUCCAGCAGAGGACCAGACAGCUGGAGGCCCGCAGAGGACGCAUCACCGCCAAGAAAGCCUACCUCAAACACAAGAAGGAAAUCUGCAUCAUCAAUCACACGCAGAAGCUGCAGCAGCGGCAGGGCGGCCCGGACUGUGUUUCCCAGCAAGCUUUGCUGCAGGAUGAAGAGGAGGAAGAGGAGCAGCGGCUGUCCAGAGUGAGUCAGGAGAGACAGAGGACACUGGACCGACUGCGCAGCUUCAGACAGCGCUACCCGGGUCAGGUGACUCUGAAGUCCACUCGUCUGCGUCUGGCGUACUCCAGGAAGAGAGCGGGCGCCGAGCCGGAGCAGACGCAGACGCAGGCCGCUAGCGUGCAGACGGAUGACGCUCCGGCUGCACUGGAACAUUCGGCAGGAGUGCCAGAGCUGCGCCGGCCCGAGAGCUUCCUGUCGCUGCCUCCGAUGGGCGGAGCCGUGGCCGAAGCCCCGCCCCCUGACACGCACGCAUCACUUCCUCCCUCCAGAGAGCUGCUGCUGCUGGACUCGCCCAUCUCCCCUCCUCUUCCUCCUCCUCCUCCUCCUCCUCCUCCUCCUCCCUCUCUGGAGGAGACGCCCGCAGGUGACCCGCCUCAGACCGCCAGCCCUGUUCGCUCUCCCCUCGGACCGUUCACCGCGCGCUUCUUCGACAGCAGUCAGCUGCUCAACGCCAGGAAGAAGCUGAGGAAGACGGCGUCGCUCGAGUCCAGCCAGUGGAGCAGAGCGAGCUCGCCGAUGGAUGAGGUUCUGGCCAAUAUUUAG